AUGUCCAAACUCGCAGAAUUCCGCCAGCUCGAAAAACACCUCGCCGAACAGCUCGAAGCUCUCGAGGCGCUGAAAGGCGACGCUGGCCUCAAGAAAGAAAUCGAAUUCGAAACUAAGCUGCGCGCUCUGCUUGCCGAGUACGGCUACAGCCUGCCGAACGUGAUCAACCUGCUUGAUCCGAAGUCUGGUCGUCGCGCACCAGCAGCUGAGUCCAAGACCAGCACUCGUAAACCACGCCAAGUGAAGAUCUACAAAAACCCUCAUACCAGCGAAGUUGUCGAAACCAAAGGCGGCAAUCACAAGACUCUGAAGGAAUGGAAAGCUGAGCACGGCUCCGCGACCGUCGAGUCCUGGCUGACCAAG